AUGCUAUCUCCAGUUCUUAGGGCGGCACUUCCCAAGGCUGGUAUCUGUCGCAACUUUCCUUGUGCUAUGGUAUAUGCCCCCAUUGCACUCCAAGGAGUGGGUGUCCCUCAUCCAUACGGUCUCCAAGUCAUCAAACACUUGGACAUGCUACUUUGCCAUCCUGCUAAUAGCACCAAGACGGGCGCCUUCUUGGAGGCAGUCCUCCAGGCACAUCAGCUCGAGACCGGUACCUCCUAUGGCCUCUUCCAACAAGUCUAUUGCAACACCUCCAUUCUGGCGUCUGACACGUGGGCUAAGCGGAACUGGAGUGAACUUGAUUCUCUCUCCAUACAUCUGGAGUUUGAUUCCCCCUCCCUCCAACCAAUACGCCAAGGGGAUUAA